AAAGCGUAAUAAAAUGUGUGGUGGAUGAAAUUUUGUUUAUUGAGUGAUGUGUGAUUUGCUGUUAAUUAAUUUUUGUGAAUGAAAUUUGUUAUUUUUCUAAAAAACUUCUGACUCAUCGAAAUGUUUGAACAAAACUGUAUCACUAUUCCAUAACAUUGUCUUUCUUUUUUGUUAUGAAGACCCUGUUCACUUAACUUGAAUAGCUAAAAUGGCGGAUAGUGCUAGUGAAAGCGAUAGCAGCUCUGUAGAUGGGGGAAUGUUAAUUCCCUCAUCUCCAGCUUCGCGAGAACAGUUCCAAAAACGUAUUGAAUCAUUGCAGCAGGAAAAUAGGGUUCUAAAAAUGGAACUAGAUACAUAUAGAUUGAGAGUAAAGAGUCUUCAAGAAGAAAAUAAGGCAUUGAGACAAGCGAGUGUCAAUAUCCAAGCUAAAGCAGAGCAAGAAGAAGAAUUUAUUAGCAACACUUUACUGAAGCAGAUCAAAACUUUAAAAAAGGAGAAGGAAACUCUUGCUCUGAAUUAUGAACAGGAAGAAGAAUGUUUAACUAAUGACUUAUCCAGAAAAUUAAAUCAGCUAAGACAAGAAAAAGUCCAAUUGGAACAGACUUUAGAACAAGAGCAAGAAGCUCUGGUAAACAAGUUAAUGAGAAAAAUUGAGAAACUUGAGGCAGAAACUCUAGGCAAGCAAAAUAAUUUGGAACAAUUACGACGAGAGAAAGUUGAGUUGGAAAAUACAUUGGAACAAGAACAGGAAGCAUUGGUGAAUAGGUUGUGGAAAAGAAUGGAUAAAUUAGAAGCAGAAAAAAGAAUGCUCCAAGAAAAACUUGAUCAGCCUGUGUCAGCUCCACCAUCUCCGAGAGAUAUUAACAAUGGCGAUCUAGCUGCAAAUUUGACGAUGCAUGUGCAGCAUUUGCGUAAUGAAGUAGCCAAGCUUAAAACUCAACUUCUGAAUGCACAACAAGAGCAUUCUGAAAAGAUGGCUCAAUUUGCCAUGGAAGAACGUCAUGGCAGAGAAGAAAAUUUGCGCCUUCAGAGAAAACUUCAAAUGGAGGUAGAACGACGUGAAGCUCUGUGCCGUCAUCUUUCUGAAAGUGAAUCUAGUCUUGAAAUGGAUGAAGAAAGGUAUUUUAAUGAAAUGGCAUACUCUUUGCAUGCUCGUCCAAGAGCUGCAUCUAGUCCCGUUUUCCACAAUCCUUCACCCAGUUCAUCUAGACCUCUAAGCCCAGGUGGAAAAGAUGCUUUUAGUCCUCCAAAUCCUAUAGUCGGUCGUUGUCCUCAUUGUAACCAGCCUUGGAAUUCGUCACUGUCUGUUCCAGUGAGUCAACAAACAAAUCUUCCUCAGGCUGUAGGUUCUGGUAGCAUGGCUCACACCUCCGUAGGGUGUCAUACCCAUUCCAAUGAAGAGCCUGAAUCCUCACGAGAAGUUUGUGAAACCAUGUGCUCCUCCUCCAAUCCCCCCAAACACCCCCUCAGCCCCUCCGAAUUAUGCGACGGGAGAAAGGAGCUAAAAAAGAUGAAGCAUACAGGUGGUGAGUCAGAAGACUAAUGUGCCUCUUAUCAAAAGCACUGAAUAGGAGUGACUGAGGCUAGAGGUUCCUGUGCUUUCGAUCAUUUUUGCCAUAAGAGAGCAUCCCGAAGGGUUGUGUGCCUUUUUCCUGCUGUGUGCAGUGCUAACUGCCCUCAUGUAAUUAAUUACACCUUGUGUCUGCUUGAACUUGAUAAUUUUUAUUUUACUUUGAUUUGAGUUUGUAUCAUAUAUUGGCUUAUUUCUUCCCCAGACUCCUAUAUUUGAAUAGGAGAAUAUAUAUAUAUAUAUAUAUAUAUAUAUAUAUAUAUAUAUAUAUAUAUAUAUAUAUAUAUCCUUUUCCAAAGAGCUAAAUUUUUAUAAUUAUGCUAGCGGGAUAAAGUGCAUUAUUAUUAAUUUAAAACCUUGUGGGGUUUUUAGGUAUCAUUGAGUACUUAAAAAUAACUUUUUAUUUGUCAUUAAAUUUCACCUCUGAGCUUCCAUGUAGGUAAUGAUGAGUAUACUUUUUGUAAUAUUGGUACAUACUUUGAAUAUUUUAACAUUAAAUAAUUAUUUGUUAUACAAAGUGAGCACUUUUCCUUUCAUAAUUGUGUUCUGAAAACAGUUAAUAAAUUUUAAGUUUUUAAAUUUUAUGAAUUUAAUCAGAAAUAAAACCUGAAAUUUCUCUUUCUAAUUGCUUGUAUGUCAAAGUUAUAAGUUUUUAUUUUUAAAAUUAGAACUCAAACAUUAUUUUGAUAAGAGAGAGUUGUAAUAUUAUUAUUAUUACUUUUCUUGUGAGCAAGGAAAUUGUGAAUAUUUAUUGCUCCCUCCCUUCAAGUCUCUUUCUUUAGCAGACACUUUAUUAUUUCAAAAGCCAUCUUUAAAAGAAGAAUUGUUGUUAUUAUAUUGAUUUGAAAAGUAAAACUGUGAUAUGAACAUUUACAGAUCUUAAUAGGGAUGUAAAUGCAUAUCAUAAUCUUGUAAUUUCGAAUAUAAUGUUACUUUUGAAAAAGCUUAAAUCAGUAGUCAUUAUUCUUAUAUAAUUUAUUUUCUGAAAUAUCUAGCCAUUGUAUAUAGCUGUACAGAAAUUAUGUGCUAUAAUCAAAAAGAAAAAUUAUUUUCUAAUUAAAAUAAUGUUUUCUUAAUAGCAAAGUUCAUUAAAUUUUUUUAAAAGUAUUUCUUUUAUCACAAAUUCCUAUUGUUUUAAUUGUUUUUAAGAUAACAAUUUCUGCUUAAUCAAUAUUUUGUAUUUUACUUGAUUUUUUUUUCCCCUCCACUUUAAUAUUUUGUUCAUGUAAAGUAAUGCAAAGAAUAAUUCCAGCCUAAUAUUUUCAUAUAUUUUGCAAUCUGGAAAGUAUUUGCUUAUAAGCAUUUAACAUUACAAUUGCAAAAUAUAUUGGAAUUUUUUUUUUAAUGGAGAUAAUCUUUUGACAAAAAUAUGAUUAUUUGUAUGAGUAAUUGGAAAACCACUUUCUUAACUUCAUUUAAUAAAUGUAUUGAUUUGAAGUGCCGGUGUUUUUUUUAAAGGUGAAAAAAAAAGUUUGUAUUAUUAUGCAGAAAAAAAUUAUUGUCUUAUAAUAUAUGAAAUUGGAUUUCCCAUUUUAUUAAAGCCUUCGAAUGUGUAUUGCAUCAUCAUUCAUGGUGUUUAUAUCAAAUUAAUAAAUUGCCGCUUUUCCCCAUGUUCCUAUUGUGUAUUAGAUUUGUAUGGUAUACAUAUAUAUAUAUUCAGCAUAUUUUCUAUGGGUUAGAUCAUUAAUUUAAAAAGAAAUGAUAAAUUACAUCGCAAUUUUUUACAUUCUAAUAUACUGGUAAUAUUCUAAUUUCUGUAAUUCCAGAUCUAUUAUAUUUUUUUUUAAAAAAACUUUUAAUUUGGUUAUUUGUGUACUUUCUACAGAAGAAUUUCAAGACAAACAAAUUUUCAGUAUAAAGUAAGGGUAUAUUUCCGAGAAGAAAUUUUUCAUUUAAAAGUUAACUGGAAUUCAAAAAAUUGUUAUUAAAUAUUCUUAUCCUAAAUUCAUUUUACUGUCUUUCUAUUCUUUUUAGAAGAUAUUAAAUCAUUUUCAUGUGCCAAAAUUUCCUGUAAGUUUUUGCAGAAAAUAAGUCUAUGCAAAAUAAAUUCAUUAUAAUAAAUAUAAUAUUUCAUGUUUUUGUCUUCUGAAAAAAAAAAUUGCUACUUAUAAUUUAUUAGAAACAGUGAUUUACAUUUCUAAAUAUAUCUAUUUUUGUUAAGGGGAGGGGAAGCAAUAGACAGUUUUUUUCCUCCAUUCUUAUAUAACUUCAAAAUCUUUGACAUUAAGGUUCACUGAAAAGUAAUGCUUUUUGCAAAUUAAAAGUUAAUUAAUUGGUUAAACAUGUUUCUCUUCUAAUUACAAGUUCUUUAGAUUUAUACAAUUUUUUAUAUGAAUCUCAUACUUAUAUAUAUUUGAAUAUUUUAGAUUUUCUUUGCUGUUUUAAAGUUUUGUGUGCAUUUUUUUUUUUUUUCCAUCUUUUGAAAAUUUAGUGCCCUAGACCUUCAAUAUAUUUUUUAUUAAUGGGAUAUUUAUAGAUGAUUAACAGGAAAAAUAUGCAUAUUAUUUUAACAGUUUUCAUUUCUGUCUCAAUUGUUGAAUAAAUUGUAAGUAUUCAUUGUAAUUAGAAUAAUUAAGAGAAUUAUAUUCAUAAAUUUAAAUGCUAAAUAUUGUAUAGCUAUAAUGUUUAUCAUAUUUUGUAAAUAAUGUAAAACAUUCCUUUUAAAUUGUAUUUUGUUUUCUUUCAAUUUUUAUUAUUGCAAGUGGCAAUUUUUAUUACAUUUUGGCAUAAAACUGAUCAUCAGAGGUUGAUGCAAUUGUACUAAUUUCAAAUUGUGAACAAAAAAUAGCGUUGAAUAAUAGAAAUGUAAGCUUGUGUAUAUGUAUAUAUUGUGAGCAAUAAAUAUUGUUGCUUUUUUUUAUAGUACUAAAAUUUAGUACACACCUUUUGCGCUUUUUUGUUCUUGUGAAAUAAAUGGUUAUUAAAGUCAAAUAUAUACUUA